AUAGUAUCUUAUAUUUUAAUUGUAUAAAUUCAUACUCAAGUUUAAUAGUCAGUAAUAUUUAAACGUACUGUCGAGAUAAACAAACUGUGGUAAAAAAUGUGAAUCAGUUUCGCAAUCCCGCAGGUGCACUUAUAACUCACCUGUGCGUUGAUAGGGGGCGAUCGCGAGUCUGAUCAACCAGAGAUAAAAACGUAGAAGAAGACGAACAACACAACCCUAGCUGAGUUCUAGCUUUAAACAAACCGAACGGCAGCGCGUUUUGCAACAAAUUGAACCCCUUAAAGCCUUUUUAACCUUUCUGUUUCUCUUUAAGAUUUUAUUCGAAGAAACUGUCCUGUAGCCAGCGGUGUUUUACUUUGUGCUGCAGGCUGCUAGCAAACAGUCUGAAGCUCCCCUACCACAAAGAGACAACAGAGCCUGACUGCUAGCAGUGCUGCUUAAAGUGUUGUAGUUUGAUUUAACUGGACAGGUGACAUUAUCCAGGCUGACAUGACGGGGGUAGCCUCUCAAGAGAAGGCGUCAAGCUCAAAGAAGAAGAACGAGAGGAAGUGUGCCACUAAAGAGGAAUACAGGCAGCUGUCCAGCAUCAUGGGAGUCAUGAACAACCUGAGGAAACAGGGCACUCUCUGUGAUGUGACCCUGGUGGUUCAGGGGAAACACUUUCCUGCCCACAGAGUGGUCUUAGCUGCUGCCAGCCACUUUUUCAGCCUCAUGUUUACCACCAGAAUGAUGGAGUCAAUGUCCCAUGAGGUGGAGCUGAGGAGUGCUGAACCUGAGAUCAUUGAGCUGCUGAUUGAAUUCAUCUACACAGCUCGGAUCUCAGUGAACAGCACUAACGUGCAGUCAUUGCUGGAUGCAGCCAACCACUACCAGAUUGAGCCUGUGAAGAAAAUGUGUGCAGAGUUUCUCAAAGGACAAAUUGAUGCAACAAACUGCCUUGGUAUCUCGGCCCUGGCAGACUGUAUGAACUGUCCUGAGCUGAAAUUAGCAGCCGAGGAUUUCUUUCAGCUCCACUUUACUGAAGUUUACAAACUGGACGAGUUCCUUCAGCUGGACGUCACACAGCUCACACAUCUGCUUCACCAGGAUAAGCUCACAGUCCGUGCUGAAGCACAGAUUUAUGAUGCAGCAGUUCGAUGGCUUAAGUACGACGUGUGUAACAGAAAACAGUACAUGGUGGAGGUGCUCGGGUGUGUCCGAUUUCCUCUCGUCUCCAAAACCUUCCUCUCCAAGACAGUGCAAGCCGAGCCACUCAUCCAAGACAACCCUCAGUGCCUCAAGAUGGUGAUCAGUGGGAUGCGGUACCACCUGCUGUCUCUGGAGGAUCGAGAGGAUCUGGGAGAGAGCAGCCGACCACGACGGAAAAAGCACGACUACCGUAUUGCUUUGUUUGGAGGUUCCCAGCCUCAGUCCUGCCGCUACUUCAACCCCAAGGACUCUAGCUGGACAGACAUCCGCUGCCCCUUUGAGAAGCGUCGUGAUGCUGCUGCCGUCUUCUGGGACAACGUAGUCUACAUUCUUGGUGGAUCGCAGCUCUUCCCCAUCAAGCGCAUGGACUGCUACAAUGUCCUGAAGGACAGCUGGUACUCCAAGCUGGGCCCGCCCACGCCUCGAGACAGCCUUGCUGCCUGCGCUGCUGGGGGCAAGAUCUACACAUCCGGGGGAUCUGAAGUGGGCAGCUCAGCCCUCAAUCUCUUUGAAUGCUACGACACAAGAACAGAGACGUGGCAGGUGAAGACCAGCAUGCUUAUAGCUCGCUGCAGCCACGGCUCUGUGGAAGCUAACGGGCUCAUCUACGUGUGUGGAGGAACGGUUGGCAACAAUGUGUCUGGCAGGGUCCUCAACAACUUCGAGGUGUAUGACCCCAGCACAUCAACAUGGAGGGAACUGAGUAGGAUGAGAGAAGCCAGGAAGAACCACGGGCUCGCAGUGGUCAACAACAGGAUCUACGCUGUGGGAGGGCAAGGGUCACUGGGUGGACUGGACUCGGUAGAGUACUACGACAUAUUGACCAAUGAGUGGCGUCCUGCUGCUCCGAUGCCGUGGCGAGGUGUAACUGUGAAGUGUGCGGCUGUCGGUGAUGUCAUAUACGUGCUUGAGGGAUUCCAAGCUGGGGGACGGCUCGGACAUGUGCUGGAAUACCACACUGAGACUGACAGGUGGGUUACUUGUAGCAAAGUAAGAGCGUUUCCUGUCACCAGUUGCCUGAUCUGCGUGGUCGACACUUGUGGAGUGAACGAAGAUGAGGACAUGGACCUCAUCGAGUCUCAACCACAGCCUGCAUCCACUGACUCCACAUCUGCCCCGUCUUCCUCCUCAUCCUCCUCUUCAUCUUCAUAGAACAAGAGAAAGACUGAGUGCUUUUAAAAUUGUGAAAUUUGCUGACGUCAGAGGUGAAAGCUUUUUUUUUUUUCUUUUUUUUUUAAAGCUUCAGUGGAUGAUGAAGCAGAUUCACACUAACUCAUGAAGCCCUGGAAGCUUCUUAAUGUACAUAUUUACGUGGGUAUAUAUGCAGAAUACUGGGUUUGUACUUUAAAAUGUCUCGCUGUUACUUUUACUUUCAACUUUUGCGCCAGAAUUGUGGCUAAAUUGUGUUGAGUGCCAGAGGAAAGCCAAAAAGACUUUAA